AUGCAGUACAGGUUGGUUUCGGUGAUCGCUGCUGGCGCUAUAUUCGUCAAUGUAAGCGGACUGCCUAUUGCGCAACCAAAGGUGCAAGACGCUGUCAACGCAACUCCACUAGAUGACAUCUCCCUUGGACCGCCCAGCACUGUCAUUACCUGGGGCAAAGAUAAGCGAGACUCACUCGCCCCAGCAGACGAUAUACAGCUAAGCCCUCCUACGACUGUAAUCGGGUGGGGUAAGGAGAGGCGAGGCGAGGCUCCGCCAGACAAGAUCGAACUUAGCCCACCUUCUACCGUGGUCACCUGGGGUAAAGAGAGGCGGGAUGCCAAUGCACCCACUCCAACCGACAGCUUCUGGCUAGGCCAGCCGAGCUCCAUCGUAACAUGGGGAAAAGACAAGCGUGACGUGACUACUCCUCCGGACUUUGGUCUCGGUCCGCCCAGCACAGAGAUCGGCUGGUCGAAGCGAAGUGAAACACCUCCUAACACCAUCGAGUUGGGUCCGCCAUCCACUCACGUUGGUUGGGGCAAGGGGAAGAGGGACUCAACGAAGCCUAACGAUGACAUUGAGCUCGGUCCUCCUUCGACAGUGAUCACUUGGGGCAAAGAGAAACGUGAUACAACCCCCCCUACCUUUGGACUUGGCCCACCAGACUCGACGAUCGGCUGGGGCAAGGAGAAGCGCGAUAUAACUCCUCCCACGUUCGGGCUGGGUCCGCCAGACACGACUAUCGGAUGGGGAAAGAGGAGCCAGACUCCACCGGACAGCAUCGAGCUGGGCCCGCCAUCUACAGAGAUCUCCUGGGACAAGGAGUAG